AGACCAACGCAGCACAUAAAUCUCGCAGUGAUGGCUGCGCCGCCCGACACGGAGAGUUUGGAGUCUCGUAUCAACAGAGCCACCAAACCCUCUGAACAGAGACACCGACUGGAGCAGCAUCCAUGCCUUCUGUGACCAGCUCAAACAAUGACCUGGAGGGACCCCAGCUGGCCACCAGACUGCUGGCUCAUAAGAUCCAGUCUCCUCAGGAGUGGGAGGCCAUGCAGGCGCUGCUGGUUCUGGAGAACUGUAUGAAGGACUGUGGGAAAAGGUUUCACAGUGAAGUGGGCAAAUUCCGUUUCCUCAAUGAACUCAUCAAAGUAGUUUCUCCAAAGUACCUGGGCUCGCGGUCACCUGAGCCGGUAAAAAAUAAGGUUCUGGAGUUGAUCUUCAGCUGGACUCUGGGUUUACCUGAUGAGGCCAAGAUCACAGACGCUUAUCAGAUGCUGAAGAAACAAGGUAUUAUUAAACAAGACCCCGAGCUGCCGCCUGACAAACUCCUGAACCUUCCUCCUCCCAGACCCAAGAAUGCGAUUUUUGAGGACGAGGAGAAGUCAAAAAUGCUGUCUCGCCUGUUGAACAGCUCGCACCCCGAUGACCUAAAAGCUGCCAACAAACUCAUCAAGGAAAUGGUCCAAGAGGAUCAGAAGCGAGCGGAGAAGGUUUCGAAGCGCGUGAACGCCAUCCAGGAGGUGAACGAGAGCGUCUCUCUGCUGACUCAGCUCCUGCAGGACCACGAGCCCACCGCCGACAAUCAGAGCAACGCAGAGCUGCUGCAGGACCUGUACCAGCGCUGUGAGAAAAUGAGACCUACACUGUUCAGACUGGCGAGCGACACAGAGGACAACGACGAGGCUCUGGCUGAGAUCCUGCAGGCCAACGACACCCUGACUCAGGUCAUCAACCAGUACAAGCAGCAGGUGAAGGGGGAGAUCGUCAACGGCAACAACACGUUAAACACACACAAGCAAACAGGAGGGACGGCCCUGCUGGAUCUGUCGGGGUUGGACACAUCGCCUCAGUCGCCGCCAUCUUUCCCAGAGUUCCCCACUCCCACAGACAACGCCCCCUCGCAGGAGAUGGGGAUCAGUCUCCUGGACGACGAGCUCAUGUCACUCGGUCUAAGUGAAGGAACACACACCUCCAACCCCCCCUCACAACCUGAAGACUCCACAGCCUGGGACUCCUUCCAGUCCUCUGACAGUAUAGACGCAGACAUCCCAGCAGCCCCGAGCCUCCUCCUGACUCCGGACCCCCCCUCCCUCUCUCUCCCCCUCUCCUCCCUCUCUUUCCCCCUCUCCUCCGGCUCCACCCCCGGUAACUCCGCCCUGGACGAGCUGGACCUGCUGGGGAAGACGCUGAUGCAGCAGUCCCUGCCUCCAGAGGACCAGCAGGUCAAAUGGGACAAGCAGCUGUGCAAACCCACUCUGAGAGAUCUGCAGAGCAAGUCUGGGUGCACCAUCACCCCCAUCCCCAUCCCCACCUUCGUAUCCGACGCCCCCGCUCCCCUCCUCAGCUCUCAGCCCAGCCUCGCAGCCUCGUUGCUGGAAAUGUCCCCGACUCACACCGAGGCUCCUGCAGCAGAAGUCUCACUGACGGAUGUUUUUGUACCGCUAGAAUCCAUUAAGCCCAGCAGUCUGUUACCGGUGACGGUGUUUGACGGACACAGUCUGCGGGUUCUCUUCCACUUCGCUCGGGACUCGCCCCCCUCCCGCCCCGACGUGCUGGUGGUGAUCAUCUCCAUGCUGUCCUCCGCCCCGCUCCCCGUCUCCAACAUUAACUUCCAGACUGCGGCUCCAAAGUGCAUGGCGGUGAAGCUGCAGCCUCCGUCAGGAACAGAGCUCCCGGCUUUCAACCCCGUCCUCCCUCCUGCUGCCGUCACACAGAUCCUGCUGCUGGCCAACCCAAACAAGGACAAAGUGCAGCUGCAGUACACCCUGACCUUCACCAUGGGGGGGCAGCAGCAGCACAGUGAGGCCGGCGCUGUAGAACAGUUUCCUCCUGCAGAGACGUGGGGGAGCCUAUAGCACUCAGACUCAAACACCACCUGACAGACUUUCAGACUCCGCCUCCUUCCAACUCUUCAUACGCUCCUUUGCUAAAAACACUCUUUGAUUAUCUUCCUCACGCUCAGUCAGUGCAGCGUGUGUUUGCUUUGCUCUGUGUCUAGUCUGCUGUGCUUUAAAACAAAGUCCUGCAGUCUUGUCUCAUUUCUUUCUUUAAAGACGGUGCUACGAAGGAUGAAGAAAACAUCAAACUUGUGCACUUGUGUUUUCCACUAAGUCAGUUUAAAUCACCUCUGCAUGUAACAUCCAGCACACCAAGAGAGAGAGACGCAGCUCAUCUUAGUUUGCGACAUGUACUUUGUGAAGUGUGUGUUUUGUGAGGAUUAUUACUUUGACUGAGUACUCUUUGAUUUGCACAGAAUGAUUUUUGAUUGUACCGUUUCCUGUCUUUUCUUUAACGAUCAUUUACUGUCUGCCAUUCGUGCCUAUUUUUUCCUUCUAACAUUUUAACUUUUAUUGCGUUUAGUUUCUCAUCAGAUCCAUAUAACCUUAAAUUCUUAAUAUAUUCCAAAACAAAUUUUAGUAGUUGCAUUUAAUAGUUUCUUUAGCUUGUAAUUUAAGCAUUUAUUAUUUCAGCAUUUAUCUAGUGAAGAUCAUUGAAGGUGAGAUGAUGUUUCUACAGACUGUGAUGCAUGAACUCUUCCUCUUCCUCCUCAUCACAUUCCUCCGCACUCCUCAUAAUACGACCGCUCUGUAAAUACCAAAGAUGGCGGUCCUGUUCUGUACAUUUGACUCGUGCAAAGAGCAUAACACUGGUAAAUAUUCAAAAUGGGUAAUAAAGUUUUUUUUCUUGGUGACCUGAAAA